CAAGUAGAGAUGGCGGACGAAGCGGUGGACGUGAACAAGCUGGAGGCUGAGGCGGCGAGUCUUGUGGGCGAAUCGGAGGCUUCCAAGACGGAUGGAGAGACCGCUGCUGCUCCCGAGGAGUCUACCGAGGCGGUAGAUGCCGAGAUCGAGGACAUGAAGCGUCGUGUGAAGGAGAUGGAGGAGGAAGCCGCCAAGUUGAGCGAGAUGCAGUCCGAGGUGGAGUCCCAGAUGGGCAAGAACACAGCUUCAACGCUUAACGAGAUGAACGGUGGAGCUGCUGGGGCGGCAGCCAACGCACAGCCGGCACAGAUGGACGACACGUCCAUUUACAUCGGCCAGGUAGACUACGGUAGCACACCCGAGGAGCUCCAGGCUCUCUUCCAGUCAUGCGGCACCAUUAACCGCGUGACGAUCCUAUGCGAUAAGUUCACGGGCCAACCCAAGGGCUACGCAUACAUCGAGUUUGCCUCACAUGACGCCGUGGAGAGCGCGCUCUUGCUGAACGACACCAUGUUCCGUGGCCGACAGCUUAAGGUCACGCCCAAGCGACAGAACGUGCGUGGAUUCAACAUGUCCCGUGGAGGCCGCGGAGGUCGUGGCCGAGGACGGGGACGAGGACGUGGCCGUGGCCCACCCCGUGGAGGAUUCCGUGGAGGUCGUGGACGCGGCUUCCACCCGUACUACUAGGUUGGUAGGUCAUAAUGAUGCUGAUGAACAACGAGCUCAUGAAUCUUGAGAAAA